GAUGGUGAUGAUGGUUUUAUGAUGAUGAUGAUGGUGGUGAUGGUGAUGAUGAUGAUGCAGGUGGCGUGCGAGACAGACUUUGUUUCGAGGAGCGACGUCUUCCAGCACCUGGUGGAGCUCACCGUUGGCGCUGUCACGGCACAUGGAGACAGCUGUCCACAGUGUCACACGUACACACGGCUGGACCUGAGCGGAGAGGAAAUCCUCCGGCUGAGCAGCCCAAACUCAAAGUCCUCGCUGGGGGAGGUGCUGGCGCUCACCAUUGGCCGUCUGGGCGAGCGUGUGGUCAUCCAGCGCGGCUGCUGGCUGGGCGUCCCCGCCGGAACGCUCAUUGCCAGCUACGUCCACGGCGCCCCACCAACACCACCAACACCACCAACACCACCAACACCACCACCACCAACACCAACACCACCAACACCACCAUCAACACCACCAACAACAUCACCAACACCACCACCACCCCACGCCGGACCGGGCGCCGUCACGCUGCUGGGGAAGUUUGCCGCCCUGGUGGUGCUGCGGCCACAGCCGCUGGAGGUCUCCCGUGGGGGGGUGGAGGAGGCGGUGGAGGCGGUGGAGGCGGUGGAGGCGGUGGAGGCGGUGGAGGAGGUUGGUCGCCGGCUGGCCCAGCACGUGGUGGGCAUGGCACCGCUCAGCCUGGGGGCACGGCGAGCGGCGGCGGUGGUGGAGAGAGAGGGAGGAGGAGGAGGAGGUGGUGGUGGUGGUGGUGGUGAUGGUGAUGGUGGUGCAGAGACCGAGUUGAUGUCCCAGCCCUACCUCCUGGACCCGGCCAUCUCUGUAGAGCAAAAACUUCACAACACCGGAGUGGAGAUCAUCGACUUUGUCCGCUACGAGAGCGGAGAGACUCUCACCUCAUCACAAUCACCGUGAUCACCUCGUCGUCACAAUCACCGUGAUCACCUCGUCGUCACAAUCAGCGUGAUCACCUCGUCAUCACAAUCACCGUGAUCACCUCGUCGUCACAAUCACCGUGAUCACCUCGUCGUCACAAUCACCGUGAUCACCUCGUCGUCACAAUCAGCGUGAUCACCUCGUCAUCACAAUCACCGUGAUCACCUCGUCGUCACAAUCACCGUGAUCACCUCGUCGUCACAAUCACCGUGAUCACCUCGUCGUCACAAUCAGCGUGAUCACCUCGUCAUCACAAUCACCGUGAUCACCUCGUCGUCACAAUCACCGUGAUCACCUCGUCGUCACAAUCACCGUGAUCACCUCGUCAU